CAUGGGAAAGGCAAUAGUAGACCUAGGUAAUGUGUGUGAAAAGGGGUAUGUCCAUGCCGCCCGAAAGCCGACUCCGCCGCCGUUCUUGGCCAAAACCUACAUGCUUGUUGAGGAUCCGAUGACCGACGACGUAAUAUCGUGGAAUUCCGAUGGAACGGCGUUCAUCGUGUGGCGGCCAUCAGAGUUCGCAACAGAUCUCCUCCCCACCCUCUUCAAACACAACAACUUCUCUAGCUUUGUUCGCCAACUUAACACAUACGGAUUUCGUAAGAUUGCAACAAGCAGAUGGGAGUUUUGCAAUGACAAGUUUCAAAAGGGAUGUAAAGAAAGACUGUGCGAAAUACGCAGGAGAAAAGCAUGGAGCAACAAGCGAAAACACAGUAACAAUGCAAAAGUGAUCCAAGUCACACAUCAAGACGAUCACAAUGAAGAUCAACGGUCACCGUCGACAUCAUCAUCGUCUGAUGAUCAGUACACGACGCUUGUUGAUGAAAACAAGAGGUUGAAGAAGGAGAAUGGAGUGUUAAGCUUUGAGCUAACAAACAUGAAGAAGAAAUGCAGAGAGCUUCUUGAUUUGGUGGCUUGGUACGAAUUCGCCAUCAUUAAUGGCAACGAAAAGGAGGGAGAUGAUAUAUUGAGGAAGCCAAACAUGAAACUCUUUGGAGUCAAGUUGGAGGUUGAAGAAGAAGAUGAAAUGGUGAGGCAAAACAAGAGAAAGAGAUCGAUUUAUCAAAAUAAACCUUUUCCACUCUCACAAUCAUGCAAAUGA